CGUGAACGUGAAUUAGAUUCUAAGUAGCUAAACAGAAUAGAUAGUGAACAGAUAUAUAAUAGUUCUAAUUAGUUAAGUACGGUUGUUUUAUAUCUCGCGUGAAGAAAAAAUGUUUGAAUUUGACAAAGGUAACAAUUCACAGAUCGACAAGUUGUAUGACUAUGAAAUCGUCAAAAAUCCGAAAGCAAAAAGGACAACCCUAUGGGACCAUUUCGGUAUAGCGUUGGCGGAAUACUUUGGAACGACAACCCUGCUAUGCCUUUCUUGCAUGGGCGGCGCUUUAGGAAUCCAGGGGGUCUUAUCCAGCAUGCAUACCAGUUUCACCGCAGGCCUGGCUGUUACGGUUGCCAUACAGACGUUCGCCCAUAUCUCUGGAGCCCACAUCAACCCUGCCGUGACCCUAAACGCUUUGAUCGUUGAUCAAAUCACUUGGAGGCAAAUCCUCAAUUACAUUAUUCCACAACUUUUGGGAUCGAUAAGCGGAGCUGCCAUUUUUGUGGCGGUAACGAAUAGUGAAGCUUUGGAGUUUAUUGGAGGUCGUGGUGUCUGUGUAAAUACGAUAAAUACAUCGAUUACAGUAUGGCAGGGCUUAGCAGUGGAAAUAGUGCUGAGCAUCAUCCUUAAUCUUGCCAACUGCGCUUCGUGGGACGCCCGGAAUUCGGAUAAGACCGAUUCGGUGUCCAUCAAGAUCGGGCUCCUCGUUACUGUACUCAAUUUGGGCGGGGGUGCCUACACUGGUGCUAGUAUGAACCCAGCAAGAAGUUUUGGACCAGCAGUUAUGAGUGGGGAUUUUAAAGACCAUUGGGUAUAUUGGGUUGGACCAGUAGCGGGAUCUCUGAUAGCAUCCAUUAUUUACAAGAUGGUUUACUUAAGGAAGAAGUCAAAAUGAAAUUGGAAACUUGGAACAAAGACUGAACAAAUUUUCUCCAAAUAUUGUACUUUUAGACAAUGCAAUCAUUUCGAUUAUUUGGCAAAAGGAGUUAAGUUUAUUAUGAAUGAUACACUUACCAUAAUU